AAAAACAUUGUAGGGCAGUGUAAGUGUAUUAUUCAUAAGCAAAAUCGAUCCAAUUUGAUUCCACUGAAAACGUCAUUGUCCCAAUUCUCAAGUUCGUUUUUUUUCCCCAUUUUCCGAUUCUGCAAUGCAAAGGGUGUCUCCAAUUGGGAGAACCAUAGCCUCUAUGGCUCGAAACUUGUGUGACUCUUCCGCACGCUCUUUCUCUGCGGUUCCAGCUGUAGCCGCCACAGUCAAGAAACUGCAUCAACAGGAGAUUCCUGGUGAUUUCCUGAAAUGGGGUUCGAUUGGAUUCUGCAGGACAUCGAGGUUUGCCACCGGGUUCAACCCUCUUCAACCGAAACCGUUGGAUUCUAUUGUAGAUGUCCACAGACUCAAGGAUCGGUACCCUGAAGAUAUUGCUUCUGUUUGGGAUGAUUAUCACAUAGGAAGAGGUCAUAUCGGAGCAUCUAUGAAAGCAAAACUUUAUCACUUACUGGAGCAUAGAGCUUCAGAAUGCCGAUAUUUUGUCAUUCCUUUGUGGAGGGGAAGUGGAUACACAACAAUGUUUGUUCAAGUCCAGACACCACACAUGCUUUUUACAGGUCUUGAAGAUUACAAGGCCAGGGGAACACAAGCAUCUCCCUACUUUACUGUGUCCUAUUACACAGAAUUUGCAGAGAGCAAGGACUUGGUUCUGAUCCGAGGGGAUGUUGUAUUUACCAGUAAGCUUACUGACGCAGAGGCAAAAUGGCUUUUGGAAACUGCUCAGUCUUUUUAUUUGAAUGAUGCAAGGUACAAACUGGUUGAGAGGUUCAACAGAGAAACACGUGAUUUUGAGUUCAAAGAUGUCUUGCAAGUAUUGGACAUGCCUAUUUUAUAACCUUUUAUUAAGUAAAAAACUGCAAAAGUGAAAGGGUUGAUUUGAUGAAGGAUGAAGUUGCUAAUGAAUGAAGGAAGAAGAGUAUGAGAGAAUGUCAUGGGAUUUCAAGAAAUGAGUUUUUUUUUUUUUUUUUUUUUU